AUGCUACCAAAUAACCAGCUCCGUGUCCCUCCGCCUCGACCAGCGUCGCAGCGCAUGGUGACGCAAGACAUCACCGACAUUUUCGUCAACGCCGCUUCUAAGUUAAACCAAGGAGAGCUCGUCAAAGAUGAAACAUUUACUCUCUUUGAGGCGGUCGGGGCAUUGGAGAUCAUGGACUCCAAAAUGGACAGUGGAUAUCUUGGCCCUGGCGAGAACCACGCCCAGGCCCUUGACUAUGACUACGAUGUGAUGCGCGAGUUGCAGCCCGAGGAAGUGAUCGGGUUGAUGGAUCAGCUGCUUUGUCAUGAGGUGGCAUGGCACAUGGGACACCCCCUAUCGCAAACGCUUUUCACUUCCAUAUACCUUGAUAAGCUCCUUUGGCCAGCUCCGAGGUCGUUUGAUGAAUAUAGCUUCUACAGAGGAGACGCAAAGUCACAGCUGGAGAAGGAAAAACAAUCGCCACUGACACAUCUCGUGCUGAGAGCAUACUGCCUGGGUCUGGUCAAAGCGUGCGAUCUAGUCCACAAGCGUGUAACGCAUGAAUAUUAUUACGAGGUUGGCCCUUGCACGUCUAUUUCACGAGGCAAAGACGUUUCUGAUGCUGCUCAGGAAGAGGAUUUUUUCCCACAAUUGUAUAACCGCAGCAUACUUACCGAGCAUGAAAUUGACCCGGUUCAAAAGAUCAUACAACGGGCCAUACAGUUUCUCGAGGAGGACAGCAGCGGUUUAGAGCAGAAUAUUAAAGACGCACUAACCAAUAGGUUACGGUUCAGAAAUCAUUUUCUAGAAGCCUUGGACGAGGAACAACUUGCGAAUGAUGUUCCAGAUAAACUGCCUUUUACCGCCUGUCUCUCACUGCUUGGUCCGAUUGAAAGCUCGGUAUCUCUGGGGAAGCCCAUCGAGGAUGCUUUUACGUUAAAAAUCCAACGAAAGCUGGCCAGCACCGUACCCCCUCGGCCAAUGGUGACCAUCAGUAUUGACUCUGCAAUGACCCACCUAAAACGUUUAUGUCAGGAUGCCAUUGAUAUGCAUGAGCUUUUGGACUAUUCUGGAUCGGACGAUCUGCGAGUGUCUCUCUGGACGUUGGCGUCGAGGAAGCCGCAGCCCAGCAUUUAUACACGAUGCCGCCUACAAGCAUUACUUGUUAAUAACAUGAAGGUACUUGGCUCAACAUCAGUUAAGAGUCUAUUAUAUGACGAGCUGGCAGAUCUGGUACUCCCUUCGAGCAUGAUAUUGCGGGCUGAGAAUGAAGAGAUCGAGGUGCCAACCGACCCUCGCUUUCAAAUACAUCAGAGUAUGGAGGACUUUCUCGUCCGCAUCGCCGAGUCAUUUAUGAACACAUUCCGCACAUCAUGCUUAAAUCGAUCACGAGUUCGUCGUGCCUUGUGCCAUAGUAUAAUCGACUGGGAUAAUAUCCAGAUUGAGGCGGAGAAACUUGACGAGCAAUUACAACAGCUGACCAACGAAGUGCCGUUGACAUUCGACAAUGGCGAGCCGGCGUACUCGUACCCUUUGGGCAGCUGGGCAUACCACGAAAAACUGAAGCAGAUCCGACAUAUCAUUCAACUGGGAUUUGAGCUGGCCAUCUAUGCUCCAGAGGAACUGGCAGGAAUGUAUUGGUAUCUGGCUGAGAUUUGUUUCCAGCAUCGCCGACAUAUUGACCGAAUACGGGCAUUUGUUCUAGCGGGAAUGAGACGAAGCGACACCGACAAGGAAUUCGAGAGGACAAUCACUGUUCUCAACCGACAUACAACGUGGCUUGUUGCGACGGAAACCUUUGCCCUUGCACUUCACGCGCUAUACGUAUUCUUCGAGCGCCAGGGCGUACUCCCACACGCGGCCUCCAAGAACAGCUACUCUAGCUCUCGGCUACGGUAUGAGCUACGCAUGAAGCCAUUUCUCUCCAUAAGUCUUCCCGAGCUGCUCCCGUUUGACAAAUACGAAACCAUGGUGGCUCUCGAGGGUGACUCGGACGCUCAGACGCUGGAACGCGCCAGCAAUGCGAUUGGCGAAGCACGCAAGGCAUGGGAGAAAGUACUGGCCAGCGGACCAUUCUUGGGCUCGCGCGACGCGGACAAGACGAUUCAUAGACCCGCGAUUGAAAGCGAAUGGCAACGAAACACCAAGGACUCAUACCGAUCGUGCAUUGGCGCCAGCGUCGCGAUCCAAAAGGCGAGCAACCUGCUCAAGACCAAAAAAUCGGCUAAGACGGCUGGCGCAUCGUCGCUGCUGCCUAUCAAAGUGGAUAUUCCGGACGUCGACACACCUCAGCGCUGGCAUGACUGGUGGGCGGUGCCGCGUAUUUCAGAGGCUGAGUCUGGCUGA